CGCGUGCGGGAGCAGCAUGGAGGUUGUGGCGGCAGGCGCGGGAGCGGCGGCGGCGGCCCCGGCCGCGCUGCUCUCGUUGGACCCGCAGCUGCAGCGCCAGUUCCAGGCCAAGGUGCAGCGCGUCCGCGCCGCCAAGCACGAGAGGCUGACCCCGGGCGUGGUGUAUUUGGGACACAUCCCGAAGGGUCUUUACGAGCCGCAGCUGCGCGAGUACUUCAGCCAGUUUGGGACUGUCACCAGGUUGCGCUUGGCCAGGAGUAAAAAGACUGGAAGCAGUAAAGGCUAUGCGUUUGUAGAGUUUGAGUCCGAUGAUGUUGCUAAGAUCGUGGCAGAUACCAUGAACAACUACCUCUUCUGUGAAAGGCUUCUGAAAUGUCAGUUCAUGCCACCUGAAAAAGUCCAUGAAAACCUUUUCAAAGGCAGUGAGACUAAUUUUAGGAAGCCGUCGCGUCCAGCAGUCAAGCGGUAUAACAAGCAGCGAUCGCUCAAAGACAAGAAAAAGAUGACAGAGAGGCUACUUAGAAAGGAAAGGAUGUUACGCAAGCGGCUGGCCGAGAAAGGCAUAGAUUACGACUUCCCUGGAUUUGCUGCAGCUAUACCUCGGCAGAAAAGGAAGAAAGUUUCAAAAUCAAACUCAAAAUUGAACAUUUCUGUGAACAGCCAGGAUCCCACCCCGGUCUGCACCCCCACAGUCCUCAGUCGUCGGAAAUCUCAGCCCCAAGAAAGUGACUUGGAUGACAGUGAAAUAACCAUCAAGCUGCCCCCGCCCAGCGUGAGUGCCAGGCCGAAGAGGACGCCAGCAAAGAGAAAAGGGAACCUGAAGAAAAAGAAAUAAACAUGACCCUCCCCUAGACACUCUGUUUCUGUCAGGAGUGAGCCACCUUCUCACCAUGAUGGAGCAGUCCUCUCAUUCAUGAGUCCCACUGGUUUAGCUAAAGCUUCAGGCUCUUUGCAAGUGGAACCCAGACCUUGUGCCUUAACCACCAAUUAGCGCAAGCAUUUUUGAAAGGAACUUCAACUUCCUGCUCUUCAACAUACUUUAAGAACUAGCAUCAGCCUAUGGGCGGCUCAGCCAGGGACCUAAGCAGCAAGUAGAAGCAAUGUAAUGGUUGUCUUCCUGAAGUGUGUAGUUUUGUCAUUAUAUGUAAAAGAAUAUGUCAAAAUCUGUGAUUUUUAUUUUCCGUUUCUCAUAAGCAUUUUUCAACACUGGGAAGUAGGACGGUGAGUUCUGUCCAGGCAGUGAAUGGUGCCGAGCCCUGCUUUGAAGGGGUCAUAGCCUAGAUGUAAUCAGUUCUCAUCUAGAGAAUGGGCAAACUUCUGCUCUUGUCCUUGGUGAUACAGGUGUCUCUUCCUUUGAAGGAUGAGUGUGGCUAAGACCUGAACCAGAGUGGAAGAUUUGGAGGUUGUACUCGCAGCUCUGCCAGUCUGGCCUUGGGCAACUCAUUUAACUGCUCUGUGCCUAAAUGGUGCCAUCUGCAGAAUAAGGGUUUUGUCUCUCUUUAUUGGGGGAAAUAAAUUCUGCCUCUGCUGCUCUGAAGC